UUGAUUUGAAAAUUAGAGAUAGUUGAUUAGAGUUAAGAGAAUUAAGGGGCUAUAGCCGGGAUAAGCUUGCUCUAUAAAAAGUAAAAAUCCGGCAUUGCGCAACGAUAUGCGGCCACUAAAAUCAAUAACUGGGAAGGCUCCGAUUGAGUAGAGCCACUAAAAACCCCUGAAACCCCCUAAAGCUACAUGAAUACUUACAACUGACGUAUGUGUUGACUUCCCUGAACCUAACCCGUUUUUUUAUUUUAUGAUUUUAAUUUUUUCUUGGCUCUUCUGUUUUACUUCGUCCCAUCAAGAAAUGAUCCCGAUAUUGAACAACGAUACACGACUCCGUCGCACAUUCGACAAGACGCGUGCAUACUGCCGAGGUCAAAGACAACAAUCCAUACUAUAACCGCCAUUAUAAAACAUCGAAUUAUAUAAUACCAUAUUACGUAACAAAUCGACGAAUGUUGCUGCCUCCUUGAAUAACGACGCCUUCCUUUCCCCUCCUAUAUACCACAGCAGUAGGAGCAACAGCAAAUGCCGCGUCUGCCCGCGCUCUUCCGGUUGCCCUCAAAGCUGCGACGGCGCGCGCGGCGCCGGAGGAUGACCACCCUAUUCUCGCUAUUCCUAAUAUUUAUCCUUCUCGCCGUACCUUUCUAUAUCGUCUAUAAACCUCCACAAUCAUUAAUCGCCUACUUCGCACGACGGUGGCCCGAUGUAUUAUGGGAGGUGAAGACAGAUAAAAAGAUCGUAGCAUUGACGAUCGACGACGCGCCCUCUGAACAUACACAGGAGAUUCUGGGAGUACUUAAUGGACAUGAAGCUACGGCUACGUUCUUCGUGAUAGGAGGUCAGGUACCCGGAAGAGAGGAGACGCUGGCGGAUAUUGUAAGAAGUGGAAGUGAAUUGGGCAACCAUGCGAUGCAUGAUGAGCCGUCGCGCGCUUUGCCAGAUGAUGAGUUGACGGAACAGAUCGAGACUGUGAGGGAGCGGAUAAAAGAUGCAUACGCAACUGCUAAUAGCGUUGAGCACCCUCACAUGCCGCCGCAGUACUUCCGGCCUGGGUCAGGAUUUUUCAGCGAUCGUAUGCGAGCGUUAGUAGAUCGGCUAGGGUAUAGAAUCGUGCUAGGAAGCGUAUAUCCUCACGACCCGCAGAUCAGUUGGGCCUGGUUAAACGCUCGCCAUAUUCUGAGCAUGGUGCGGCCGGGAGCUAUCAUAGUAUGCCACGAUCGCCGCGGCUGGACCGCUCCGAUGUUACGCAAGGUGUUGAAGACUCUUGGUGACCGAGGGUACCGUGUUGUUAGCUUGACGGAGAUGCUUCAGGAGACACAGCGGCGGUGAACGCUAUACAGGGGUAGGUUUCUUCCGGUUCUACGGCCUAGAAUAUGAAAUUCGAGGGAAGAAAAGAGACCUGCGUCCAUUUGGAUCGAGAAUCUAUUGUAUAGGCAUCCGUGGGAGAAUUUCCCGCCCUAAGGACGGAAACGCCCAUUACAAUUUCACUUGAUGUCGUCCACCGAUUAAGGUGGGGAUAUAGACCUUCAACCUCCAUGCAUUGGAAGGCGUUGGGUCUUGGAUCAGCAUAUAGGCGAGAUUGUACAUUGUGCGCGUAUAAGAAGGGCGAACAUACUCGAGUGUGUGGGAUGUUGUAUAUAAACAUGAAGCUCGGGUUGCGGAUCGAAUACACUAGACAAACAUAUAGCUUCAAUCUGAGUAUAUCAGAUGGCCUAUGGAGGUAGAGUUAUAGACCUCAUGGGUUCGGGAGAUUUCCUGGCACAGGCUAGGUUGGAUCAUCUACGAAGGAACAUCUAAUGAUGUUUUUGAUAGUCCAGAAAGCUACGAACUCGCUACGAGUCAAUAGAAAUUAAUGAUAAUACUAUGUGACGACGG